CCCUAGCCGCCACCACCGCCGCCUCUCCAGCCCUGAGCUCAUCCAGCAGCAUCCGCGCGGGGAUCUGACAAGGCGAUACUGAAACCCAGGUUAUUAAAGCUUCAGUUUACAUUCACACCGCAGUGGCUUUGAGUUGAUAUGGACCAUCUCUGAAACUGACUACCUGCCUGCUAAAGUCUAUGCUGUCAGACUUUGUUACGGGAGCUAACUGAACUCUGUGGUUUUCGUUGGCCUUUCUUCCCAUCCCUUGGCAUCACAAUGAGCGGCAUCCUCUCGCACUUGGACCCCCGGCGGAUCCAGUGGGGUACCACAUGGUAUGCCAUGCACUCUCGAAUCCUCCGCACCAAGCCAGUGGAAUCCAUGCUGGAGGGGACAGGCACCACCACAUCCCAUGGAACCAAACUGGCCCAAGUGCUCACUACCCUGGAUCUGGUUUCACUGGGUGUUGGAAGUUGUGUUGGCACCGGGAUGUAUGUGGUCUCUGGCCUGGUUGCUAAGGAGAUGGCCGGGCCAGGCGUCAUCGUUUCCUUCAUCAUUGCAGCCGUAGCCUCCAUUUUGUCUGGGGUUUGCUAUGCCGAGUUUGGUGUGCGAGUUCCAAAAACCACUGGCUCCGCCUACACUUACAGCUACGUCACAGUGGGAGAGUUUGUGGCAUUUUUCAUCGGAUGGAACCUAAUCCUGGAGUAUCUGAUCGGCACAGCAGCAGGUGCCAGUGCUCUAAGCAGCAUGUUCGACUCCCUGGCCAAUCACACCAUCAGUCGCUGGAUGAUUGACAGCGUUGGGACUUUGAAUGGGCUGGGUAAAGGAGAAGAAUCCUAUCCAGAUUUACUGGCUCUGGUCAUCGCUGCCAUUGUAACGAUCAUUGUCGCUUUGGGAGUGAAGAACUCUGUGGGAUUUAACAACGUCCUCAACGUGAUCAACUUGGUGGUGUGGCUUUUCAUCAUGAUUGCUGGACUCUUCUAUGUCAAUGGAGAAUACUGGGCCGAAGGGCAGUUCCUGCCAUUUGGAUGGUCAGGGGUGCUACAAGGUGCAGCCACCUGCUUCUAUGCCUUCAUUGGAUUUGACAUCAUUGCUACCACUGGAGAAGAAGCAAAGAGUCCCAACACUUCCAUCCCUUAUGCCAUCACUGCUUCACUUGUCACGUGCCUGACCGCAUAUGUGUCCGUGAGCAUAAUCUUGACUCUGAUGGUGCCAUACAAUGACAUUGAUACCGAAUCGCCCCUGAUGGAGAUGUUUGUAGCCCACCGAUUCUACACUGCCAAGUUCAUUGUUGCCAUCGGGUCUGUGGCUGGGUUGACAGUGAGCUUGCUGGGCUCCCUCUUCCCUAUGCCUCGGAUCAUUUAUGCUAUGGCUGGUGAUGGGCUUCUCUUCAGAUUCUUGUCCCAUGUAAAUUCUUACACGGAGACUCCCGUAGUCGCCUGCAUUGUCUCAGGGUUUCUCGCAGCCUUGCUCUCCUUGCUGGUAAGCCUGAGGGACCUGAUAGAGAUGAUGUCCAUCGGCACGUUGCUCGCCUACACUUUGGUCUCCGUGUGUGUCCUGCUUCUUCGGUACCAACCAGAAAGCGACAUUGAUGGUUUCGUCAAGUUCCUUUCUGAAGAGCACACUAAGAAGAAGGAAGGGAUCAUAGCAGACUGCGAGAAGGAAGUCUGCUCUCCGGUCAGCGAAGGGGAGGAGUUUGCAGGCCCGCCCACCAACACUUGUGGCGCUAAGAACCUGCCAUCCUUGGGCGACAAUGAGAUGCUCAUUGGGAAAUCAGACAAAUCCGCUUACAACGUCAACCACCCCAACUAUGGCACGGUCGACAUGACUUCUGGAAUAGAGGCAGAUGAGUCUGAGAACAUCUACCUCAUCAAGCUAAAGAAACUCAUAGGACCACGAUACUACACUAUGAGGAUCCACCUGGGACUUCCUGGGAAAAUGGAUCGACCCACUGCGGCUACUGGCCAGACUGUCACCACUUGUGUGCUCUUGCUGUUUGUCCUAAUGUUCAUCUUCUGCUCUUUCAUCAUUUUUGGGGUGGACUACCUCUAUGACCAAAGUUGGUGGGCAAUUCUUCUGGUGGUCCUGAUGGUCCUGCUGAUCAUUGCGUUGGUGUUCGUCAUCCUUCAGCAGCCAGAAAACCCAAAAAAGCUCCCUUAUAUGGCUCCUUGCCUGCCUUUUGUCCCAGCCUUCGCUAUGCUUGUGAACAUCUAUCUCAUGCUGAAACUUUCAAGGAUCACCUGGAUCCGGUUUGCUGUCUGGUGUUUUGUGGGAUUGCUGAUUUAUUUUGGCUAUGGCAUAUGGAACAGCACACUGGAGAUCACCGCUCGGGAAGAGGCGCUGCAUCAGAGCACAUACCAGCGCUACGAUGUUGAUGUCGACCCCUUCUCUGUCGACGAUGGCUUGGCCUACGCCGAGAACGACAACUUCCAGGACUGGGCUCCUACUGACGACAAAGGUUUCUCUUACCAGCAGGUGUCAGAAGCAAAGGAAAACAGUCGGACAAGUAGCAAAUCAAAGAGCAAAGGCAAACACAAACAGAACUCAGAAGCACUGAUUUCGAAUGACGAGUUAGACCACUCACCCGAGUAGAUGAAAUGGAAGCACCACCGUUCCACUCUUUGUCACUAAGCUAAACCUUGGGCUGAAAUUCAGUGGCUUCUUUUGGCUCUCAUUUCAAACCCAUCUUUUUCCGUAAAGUUUGUUUCCAGAAGUCAUAUCACUAACUCACUCAGUCAGUCAAGUCAGUCAGUCACCUUUCUGUUCUUCAGGAUGGUUCUGUCAAGUGCUCAUCCUGAAUCAACAGAAGAUCACAUCAAGGAAAGCAACAUGUCUCUGAUCUCACCACUGCCAUUCACAGGCCUCUUUCACUGAAUGUUGCUUCCGAUAGGCUAGUUGAACCUGCUGAGUUUUUCUGGGCCUAGGAAACCCAUUGCAUAAGACACUUCCUGCUGCAGCGAUAGUAUGGUUUCAAUGGAACCCACACUCAAUGAAGUGAGUAUCUGAUAAGGAAAUGCAGUAAUAUUCCCUCGGCAGGGGACAUGUCUAUGACCUCUUUGCUUUCUGGUGGAGAAGGAUGGGAAACAUGUUACCCUCUGGAUUUGUUGGAAUUCCAUUAUCCAUGACCAUUGGCCAUGUGGACUGGGGUUGAGAAGGAAGCUGAGUCCAACAAUAUCUGAAGGGCCACAGGUUCCCUAUCCCUGCCAAAGAAAAUACUCAGUUGCAGUCAUACUAAGGACUGUUAAGUUAUUUGGCAAAGAGCGUCAGUUUUUCAUUUUGUGAAUGCAAACAUUGACUAGAUGGGUAGGUUUAUUCAGGCAAGAGCUUAAUUUUUUCCCUGAGGAUAUUCUAGAGAUAAAGAGAGCUCCAGUGAUCAGGCUGUGCAGACCAGCACCCCCAUUUUCACCUAUAUAAAACUACUUCAACUUUUCACUUAGCAAAAUAUUCUUGCACUUUGGCACACUUGUGCUUCACUUCCCAUGUCACCUUCUCCAUUCGUUUUGUCUCAGUUGUUUCCUGGUGAACUAUGGUAUGACACAACAUGACUCAACCACAAUUUAAUAUAUUGACCAGUUGGAAUUUGCAUCUUGGUGAGUUCUUCUUGGAUAUUUUGUUUGAUCCAUUUAGCCAUUUUAUCUAGUAAAUAAGAAUGGAGACUUUGGUUGUCAGAUUUCUGUGAUUAGGUUUAUCUGAACCGGAAUAAUUUAGCAGGCAGGACCCAUACAGUGACAGUGUGGUUCAAAUUGAUAUCAGUGCCAUGAUCCUAAAAGCUGAGAUUCAUGACCAGCAGAAUCAUGUGGCACAAGCAAGAAUGGUACCAUGCGAUUCUGCUGAACAUGUAGUUCAACACUAACUUCAAACCUCUGCAUUAGGAAUAGAUGGGAGGCUAAACCUAGAAUGUGACUAAAAUCCUAAUGUUAUAUCCAUGGGCUACUUCAGAUGGACUUAAACACAGCU